GCAUAAAGGAAGUGUUGCCAGAGAGAAACCCUAUGAAUAUAUUCAAUGUGAUAAAGCCUCUACAGUUCACAGUGGUCUUCAAAGGCCUGAAAGUGUUCAUUCUGCAGAGAAACCGUAUCAAUGUGGUAAAGCCUUUUCUUACCACAAGUAAUCUCCAACAGCAAAAAAAGCCACAUUCUGGAGAGAAACCCUAUGAAUGUAAUGAAUGUGGUAAAGCCUUUUCAAACCAAAGUCAUCUCCAAAACCAUAAAAGGACACAUUCUGGAGAGAAACCCUAUGAAUGUAAUCAAUGUGGUAAAGCCUUUUCACAACAGAGUCAUCUCCAAAACCAUAAAAGGACACAUUCAGGAGAGAAACCCUAUGAAUGUAAUCAAUGUGGUAAAGCCUUUUCACAACAGAGUCAUCUCAUGAGACAUAAAAGAACACAUUCAGGAGAGAAACCCUAUGAAUGUAAUGAAUGUGGUAAAGCCUUUUCAGAACACAGUUAUCUCCGAAAACAUAAAAGAACACAUUCUGGAGAGAAACCCUAUGAAUGUAAUCAAUGUGGUAAAGCCUUUUCACAACAAAGUCAUCUCCAAUACCAUAAAUGGACACAUUCUGGAGAGAAACCCUAUCAAUGUAAUCAAUGUGGUAAAGCCUUUUCACAACAAAGUCAUCUCCAAUACCAUAAAUGGACACAUUCUGGAGAGAAACCCUAUCAAUGUAAUCAAUGUGGUAAAGCCUUUUCACGACAGACUCAUCUCCAGAGACAUAAAAGAACACAUUCAGGAGAGAAACCCUAUGAAUGUAAAGAAUGUGGUAAAGCCUUUUCAGAACACAAUGUUUUGCAAAAUCAUAAAAGAACACAUUCUGGAGAGAAACCCUAUGAAUGUAAUCAAUGUGAGAAACCCUAUGAAUGUAAUGAAUGUGGCAAAGCCUUUUCACGGCACAGUAAUCUCCAAAUACAUAAAAGAACACAUUCGGGAGAGAAACCCUAUGAAUGUAAUGAAUGUGGUAAAGCCUUUUCACAGCUUUUUCAUCUCCAGAAACAUAAAAGGACACAUAUUGUGGAGAAAAAUCAUCAAAGAGUUUAUACUGGAGAGAAGCCCUAUAAAUGCAGUAAGGCCUUUGGAGUUCACAAUUAUCAUUUAUCAAGAUCUUACUCCAAUAGCAUCAGAGAAAGUUGUUCCUGCAGAGAUGGGAACAAAUACAGAGACCCACAACUGGACAAUGCACAGAGU